GUCUGGGUGCAUGUCGCCAUGCAGCAACCUCAUGCUCCCGCCCUCCCGCCGCCACAAGGUGGGUGCCUUGCAUGGCACUGCUGGCUUCUCGAGGAGCCAUUCGGCCCGCAGGGAUGGCGACAGCGGGGCGGCGGGCACGGCGGUCUCGGUGGACAGGGGCGGGCAGGUGAAGGGCUGCUGCAAGUCCCUCGCGAGAGUGAGAGUGUGGAGCAGCGCCUCAUGGAUGGCGCGACGGGUGGUGCCGGCGACUGCGGCCAUCAGGGACGGCUUGAGCUUCUGGCCGCCGCCCGGACCGUAGAGGAGGGGGGGCUCGAGUGGUGUGUUGGUGUUGCGGGCUGCAUUGAGCGCCGCUCGCGCCGCGGUGACCUCGCCCAGGCUGGGGGCGUCCUCGCUGUCCAACUCUGACAGAAGAGACGCACACCAACGACAGGAACACAUACGCGUGGUGUUCAUUCGAGCAUCUUUUUUCCUUCCGUCCCUCCCUCCCUCCCCAUCUCUGUAUCUUGAGCUUACUGAGGGUCUCCACAGCGAAGUACGGGCCCGAUAGCUUGAGCGUCGUCGUCUCUCCUGCGGCCUCCUCCUCGUCACGGAAGCUGGAGGUCUUGUCCUUGGGGGGCAGGACAGUGAGGGUGAGGGGGUCGUUGGGACUCACGAACCCCCUGGCCAGCAGAGCGGGACCUCUCAGCUGGCUGCCGAGCCGGUGGAGCAGCUUGCUCUCGUCCUCGAUCAGUCGCGUCCACAUCAGCAGCUCAUGGCCUCUCAGCGGCUUCUCCCCCCGAUGUCGCCUCAGCUCGUCAGGGACGAGGAAGCGCACUAUGCAGUCCCUCCCGUCAAUCACCCCCCUCAGCUGCACCGACCGGCUGCUGAAGAAGUACCGCCCCGUGAACUGCACGUCUGUGAUGGAGAAGUCCCGGCUGCUGAAGUACCACCGAUCUGGCGGACCAGGCCGCCAGAUCGGUGGCCUCGGUGCUGACGCUCCCUGCGGCGCUGCGGGGAAGUGUGGCGCACUGGGUGCGCUCCCGUGCGUCUGGCAGCACAGCAGGGGGCACUUGAUGGUGGCGUAGCGGCUCUUGAGAGCGCCGUUGAGGCUGUCCAGCCAUCCCUUUUGUGUGGCGGCCUUGGCGCGGUACAGGCCGGCGAUAUCGGGGCGGCAUGCUGAUGGCCGCUGUGCCUGCGGCUGCUGACUGCGCCAUGUGCGCUGGUUGGUGGGCUGCUGCUCCGUCGUCAUCGCCUUGUGGGCGUAAUGGUGGUGCAUAGGCAUGUAGGGGUGGGAGGGGGGCAUAAACGGGUGUUGCUAGUGCUGAUGCAGGACAAACAUCGCUGUAUCUCUCUCC